CCGGGAGCGAGCGCGCUGGGCGCGGCCGACCCGUGCCGCCCGGCGGAGCUCAAGAGCCCGGAGGUCAUGGUCUGUGCUGUGACGCGGGGUGCCUAAGCCCCGGGACGCGAGCUCCGGAGGCAGCUGGCGCGGGCGCUCCCCAGAGGCCGACGGAAGGUGAGCGCUGUGGGCUAUGGGAUGGAUGAGGUGGAGCAGGACCAGCACGAGGCCCGACUCAAGGAGCUGUUUGACAGUUUUGACACCCUGGGAACUGGGUCUCUGGGUCAAGAGGAGCUCACUGACCUUUGCCAUGUCCUGAGCUUGGAGGAUGUGGCCCCGGUGCUGCAACAGACACUUCUUCAGGACAACCUCUUGGGCAGGGUACAUUUUGACCAAUUUAAAGAAGCGCUAAUACUUAUCUUGUCUAGAACUCUGUCCGGAGAAGAGCACUUUCAGGAGUCAGACUGCUUAGAGGCUCAGCCCAAAUAUGUUAGAGGUGGCAAGCGUUAUGGACGAAGAUCUCUACCCGAGUUUCAAGAGUCUGUGGAAGAGUUUGCAGAGGUGACAGUGCUCGAGCCACUAGAUGAAGAAGCAAAGCCGUCACGCCUCCCAGCUGAUGACUGCAGCGAGGAUCAUUUUCACCCAAGUCAAUUCAAGAGGACAUUCUACUCCGAGUGAAUCCCGG